AUGGCGUGCGUCUCUCGCGCCGCAACGGCCGCGAAGAUCUCGCAGAUGUACGUCUUCGGCGACGAGUCGGCGGACGUGGGCAACGCGAAUUACUUCAACCGCGCGGCCGUGAAGGCCAACAAGCUGCCGUACGGCGUCAACUUCAAGCCCGCGUCGGGCCGCUUCUCCGACGGCAAGCUCGUCGUCGAUUACCUCGCCGACUUCCUCGCGAUUCCCUCGCCGCGCGCCGAUCUCGCGCCCCGCAAUGCGUCGCUUCCUUUCAGUGGCCUCGACUUCGCCAUGGCUGCUGCUGGCGCGAAAUCCGGCACUAACGGCGGAAAGACGCGCGGGCUGCAGCAGCAGUUCAACGAGUUCAAGAAGUGGUUCAACGAGGCCAAGCGCACCAACAACCCCGACCUCGUACGCCCUCGCCUUUCUUCUCUCUUCCAGCUUCCCAAGCUGGACGAGGCUCUGUUCGUGGUGAGCAUCGGUGCCAACGACUACAUUCCUGAGCUCAGCCGUACGCAGCCCAACAUGACCACCCUCGUCGCCCUCGCCUCCUCGGUAUCCAACACCAUUAUCAACAUCACUCAGUCUCUCUACAACCUCACCGGCUCCUCCAAAGUUCUUAUUAUUGAUCUGCCAAAUCUCGGAUGCGCUCCUGUCGUGCGCCUUGCGGCGAAAUCCGGAAUCAACUGCACGGACGCUGGUAACCAGAUUACCAUUAUCCACAACUUCGCGCUGCUGACGAAGACGGACAAGCUGAGGAACAACCCUGCCCUGCCCAUGCCGAACCUGGUGCUCUUCAAGCAAUCAGCCGUCUUCAAGACCAUGAUCCAAGUCCCCACCUCUGGGCUGACGAAUCAGACGCACCCGUGCUGCCAGGCGGUAACAAGCACGGGGGUGGUCGUGGCGUGUGCGCAGACCAGCGGGAAUGGCAAGGCAGCAGUCACAGGAGGGGCGUGUGCGGCGCCGGCCAAGGCCGUGUGGUGGGACGAUCACAACCCCACGCAGGCCGUCAACCAGAAGGUCGCCAACACCCUCUUCUUCUCCACCAACCCUGCCAUGGUCCGCCCCAACGGCCUCCGCAAGUUCUUCUCACUCUAG